AUGCUCAACUUUCACAAUUCAUCCUGUGAGCAGGAAGACCAGGAUGUCUACCAGGCGUUCACCAAUGAGCUCAACAAACGACAGAUAAUGCCUCUGGAGCUGAUGCAGGCGCGCUCGCAUCCGAAAUUCGCUGAAACGGCAGACCGCGUUGUUAGAGAAAUGCGCCAUCUUCAACAAGUUGUUCGAAAAACAGCUAUGUACAUCAAGGAGAGACAGGGCGAGAUUGAAAAGGUCAUCGAAGAGUUCACAGAUGAGCUUGGCAUCAAGCUUGAGCCUGGCUCUUCUUCCCUGCCACAACAGAUGAAGAUUCCCGAAAGCGCUCUAUGGAUUCCGAAUGCUCCAGCAACUUCUGAAGCAAAAGAAGAAGUACAAGCACUUUCCCAACAACAGCCAGCUGUAUUCCAACUCCAACAAAACAUUCAGCAGAAUUUGUAUUUCAACCGGCUUCAACAGCAAGCUCACGAACAAAUGGUUAACAACCAAUAUCAUCAGUAUCAGCAACAGCAGGCUCAACAGGCACAAAAUCAGGUGCAAAUUCCACCAGGAUUGAGACCAGGUAUGGUCGGCCAGAACCAGCCCGUCAAUAGAUACUGGAGCGAUGCGAUGUACUCGAUUCUUCUUCGAGCGCAGCAAAACCAAAUCAAAGAGAAGAUCCCGGGCAUGGACGGACGAGUUCCAUCGCACCAGAGCGAUUCCGGUCAUGAGUCAGGAAAUGGAGAUUCUAGCUCCGAACAUGAAGCGGGUAUCAUUGACCCUAACGCUGCCAACACUGUUAUUGAAACUCCGGCGCCAACACAUCAAAUAAAGCCGCAGUGGAUCAUCAAGCGAAUGGAAAAACUAAAGAGAAAACGAGCUGCACGCGAGAACGGCGAAUUUGACAUUGACGUCGAGGGUGAUGCUGAUGAAGAUGAAGACGAUCUCCCACCAGGAGACAAUCUCGAUAUCGAGCCGGAUGCAGAAAUCGGUCCAGCGCAGUUUAGCGGCGUCGGCACAGGAGUCAUCACUAAGGAUCAGAAUGGCAAAACACAGAUUACUUGCAAGCAGUGCCGAUGGACCCUUAGAAAGUGGGAGUCAUGGGCUAAGAAGAGAAACGCCGGUAAUUUGCCUGGUUUGACUAUCAAAUCAGACAUCAACGAUCAAGCGCCACAAGACUUCUUGACUUUGGAUAACACUGAGGACCUUGUCAAAUGGAUGAGCAACUUCAUCAGAGAGAUUCGAAAAGACUCCGGAGAAGCCUACCAAAUCGAUAGCAUCACUGCGUUUGCAUUUUCUCUCCAAAAAGUUCUCAAGGAGACUGGUCGACAAGUUGAUAUUCUUCGAAAUGAGAAAUUUGUUGUUUUUCUCGAGGCCAUGAAUGAGGCGAUGGACUGUUCCGUGAAAACAGUUGUGAUACAGCCAACUCCAAGAUCAGAUGAAGAAACGCUCUGGCAAUCAGGAGAACUUGGUUACCACUCGCCUGAGGCUCUUACGCAGACGCUCGUUAUGAUCAUCGUCAAGCAUCUAAAAAUUCGUUCAUCCCAGGCUCAUCGUGAUAUGGAGAUGUCCGACUUUGAGAAAGUGAAAAUUUUCAACCCAAGCAACCCAACUCAGUUGCUAGAGAUAUACCGCUACAAAGAUUCGCGUGGCAAUGCAAAGCGUGGCGAGAUUGUUCCCAACCUGGCGAAGCCAGAACGAUGCCCCGUCCGAAUUCUCGACUACUACCUAGAAAAGAGACCUCCGGCAAUCCGACACUCGGGACCCUUCUACCUCUGGCCUUCCGAUCAGAAGACCCUGGACCGCAUGAGUUGGUUCCGCGUGAAGCCACUCUCCAAGAAGUAUCUCCUAAAGUGUCUUUGCCGAAUCAAACAGACCAAUCUUCAUGAUUUUUAA